GCCAAGCCCCCUCUCUGCUGUGCUAGGAAUCUGGGGCAGGUGCAAGGUAUUUUGCUGCCUGAGUCAAAGGACAAGAUGGCAUUCCCAUCCCACAAAGAGAAGCUAACUGGGCCAGCAGUUAAACCUUGCUUCAAACCUGAUCAGAAUCAUAUGGAUCAUUCAGACAGGUUAUCAGGUGCCUCAGGACCUAUGGCACUAGGAGUGGCACUAGAAGUGGGACUAGGAGGCCAAAGGAGUGCUGAAUGGCUUGACCUUGAAACCUAUUCUGAAGAGUUGAGAAGUCUAGAUAAUGCCCGUCUUCAUCAUACAGCUGUGGACAAGGGCUCAUGCUCCACCUGGGGAACUGGGCAUUUCUCAACUUUUGACAAGUACUUGUAUGAUUUUUCUGGGACUUGCAAUUACAUCUUUGCCACCGUAUGCAAUGACGUCAACCCGGAUUUCAACAUCCAGUUCCGCCGUGGGCCAAACCAAAAAAUUACCAGAAUCAUUAUCGAGUUGGGACCCAAUGUUAUCAUAAUUGAAAAUGGCGUCAUAUCAGUCAAGGAUGUUGGUAUUAUCAGGAUGCCAUACACGAGAAAUGGAAUUCAGAUUACACCUUUUGGACGCACCAUCCGCCUAGUGGCCAAGCUGAUGGAGAUUGAGCUUGCCGUUUUCUGGAAUAAUGAUGAUUACCUCAUGGUUUUGAUUGAGGAAAAAUACAUGACAAGAACAUGUGGACUGUGUGGGAACUUUGAUGGGAUAGAAUUAAAUGAGUUUGUGAGUGAAGGCAAACUUCUGGACCCUCAAAAAUAUGCUGCCCUGCAGAAAAUUGAUGAUCCUGCAGAGAUCUGCCCAAUUGAGGAAAUGGCAGCUUCUAACAUUCCUCGCAAGAAAUAUGCUAGGAUCUGCAGCCAACUUCUAGGCCUCGUGUCUCAGUCUUGCAACAUCUCAAGGAAAGGGUUUGUUAUCCGCUGCCAACUUGACAUGCAAUACUGCCCUGAUCCAGGGCAGAGGAACUGUACUUGUGCUACUCUUUCGGAGUACUCCAGGGAGUGUGCCAUGUCCCAUCAGGAAGUGUCUGAUUGGAGGAGCACUGACCUCUGCUCUUUGGGAAGAUGUCCAGCUAACCAAAUCUACAAAGAGUGUGGUUCUGCCUGUCUCAAAACAUGUUCCAACCCAGAUUACAGCUGUUCCAGCUACUGUACAUAUGGCUGCUUCUGCCCAGAAGGGACUGUUUUGGAUGACAUUUCAAAAAACCGAACAUGUGUUCCGGUAGAACAGUGUCCGUGCACACUGAAUGGGGAGAUGUAUGCUCCUGGUGAUGUUAUGAAAGCAACAUGCAGAACCUGUAAGUGUAUGAUGGGUCAGUGGAGCUGCACAGAACUGCCAUGUCCAGGCAGAUGUUCCUUGGAGGGAGGGUCAUUUGUUACCACAUUUGACUCUAGGCCAUACCGUUUCCAUGGAGUUUGCACCUACAUUCUUAUGAAGAGUCCCAUGUUACCACACAAUGGAACCCUGAUGGCUGUGUAUGAAAACUCCGGUUAUUCCAGUUCAGAGACAUCACUGACAGCCAUCAUUUAUGUCUCAGGAAAAGACAAAAUUGUGAUUUCUAAAAAUGAAAUUUUAAUGGAUGAGGAUGAACAUAAGAGGCUACCUUAUAAAUCAGGAGACAUCAUCAUCUUCAGACAGUCAUCUACUCACAUUCAAAUGUAUACAACCUUUGGGCUGGAGCUGGUAAUUCAAGUUAGUCCAGUGUUUCAAGUUUAUAUUAAAGUUGGACUUCAGUUCAAAGGCAAUACCCGAGGGUUAUGUGGUAACUACAAUGGAGAAACUACAGACGACUUCAUGACUAGCAUGGAUAUUAUUGAAGGAACAGCACCUCUCUUUGUGGAUUCUUGGAGAUCAGGAAAUUGCCCCCCUGCCAUAGAAAGAGAUACAGAUCCUUGUUCUAUGAGUCAAUUAAACAAAAUGUGUGCCGAAACCCACUGCUCUGUUCUUAUCAAGAAAGAUACAAUAUUUGAGAAAUGUCAUUCUGUGGUGAAUCCUGUUCCAUUUUAUAAGAGAUGUAUAUACCAAGCCUGCAACUAUGAGGAAACCUUUCCCUAUAUUUGUUCUGCUCUGGGAUCAUACGCCCGUGUGUGUGCUUCAAUGGGACUGUUUCUUGGGAACUGGCGGAGUAAAGUAGACAACUGCACCAUUUCUUGUACUGGAAAUCAGACAUUCAGCUACAACACUCAAGCCUGUGACCGGACAUGCCUGUCCCUCUCCCAUCGAGGCCUAGAGUGCCACCCCACUGACAUCCCUAUUGACGGCUGCAAUUGUCCAAAAGGCACCUAUCUCAAUCACAAAAAUGAGUGCGUCCGUAAAUCCCAGUGCCCUUGCUACUUGAAUGACAGGAAGUUCAUUCAUGCUGAUCAAUCAACCAUAAUUGGUGGAAUUACCUGCUAUUGCAUUAAUGGGAAUCUGAGUUGUACUGGCAAACCUGUUGACCCUGCAGAAAACUGCAAGCCUCCCAAAAAAUAUAUUUCAUGCUCAGCACCUUCAGAAAGCAAAUAUGGAGCUGCCUGUGCACCAACCUGCCAAAUGCUGGCUACUGGAAUUGCAUGUGUCCCCAGCAAGUGUGAAUCAGGCUGUGUUUGUGCUGCUGGACUAUAUGAAAAGCUAGAUGGUACAUGUGUGCCACCUGAUGAGUGUCCCUGUGAAUAUGGUGGCAUCUCAUAUGCAAAAGGAGAGGAGAUUCACACUGAAUGCAAGUCCUGCACCUGCACAAGAGGAAAAUGGAAAUGCAUCCAAAAUUCCAGGUGCUCUUCAACAUGCAGUCUCUAUGGGGAAGGCCAUAUCACCACAUUUGAUGGACAGCGCUUUGUGUUUGAUGGCAACUGUGAAUACAUACUAGCUAUGGAUGGUUGUGGCAUGGGUGGCGCUCCCCAUAAUUUCAAAAUAGUAACUGAAAAUGUUGUCUGUGGAAAUACCGGGAUCACAUGUUCCAGAGCAAUCAAGAUCCACCUUGGGAAUAUGACAAUCACUUUGGCAGACAGAACAUACAUUGUCUCUGGCUGGAAUCCUAUGACAGAGUUCUUUAUAGAAGAGAAUGCCCUCCACUUGAUUAUUGCGAUUGCAAUCCCUGGCAAAUAUGACAUGUCCCUUAUCUGGAACAGGCACAUGAACAUUUUCAUCAAGAUAUUCAGAGGGGCAAAGGAUCACCUCUGUGGUUUAUGUGGUAAUUAUAAUGGGAAUAUAAGGGAUGACUUUGAAACUCGAAGUAAAUAUGUGGCAUCCAAUGAAUUGGAGUUUGUGAAUUCCUGGAAAGAGAAUCCCCUUUGUGGGGAUGUGUUCUUUGUGGCUGAUCCAUGCAGUAACAACCCUUAUCGCAAAGCAUGGGCAGAAAAGAAGUGCUCCAUUAUCAACAGUCAAGUAUUUGCUUCCUGCCACAGCAAGGUAUACCGCAGGCCAUAUUAUGAAGCUUGUGUCCGGGAUUCAUGUGGCUGUGACACAGGAGGGGACUGUGAGUGCAUGUGUGAUGCUGUUGCAGUGUAUGCAAAAGCAUGCUUAGAAGCUGGCGUCUGUGUUGACUGGAGAACCCCAGACUUCUGUCCUGUCUACUGUGACUACUUCAACAGCCAUAAGAAGAAUGCCAUGGAUGGCACCUAUCAUAACUUUGUUAAUGAACUGAAUUGCACCUGGCAUUAUCGCCCCUGUAAAUGUCCAUACCAGCUACUAACCUACAGAGAAAUAAACAUUGAAGGCUGUUACAACUGUUCAGAGCAUGACUACUAUGACCCUAAGCAGAAAAAAUGUGUGCCUUGUAGCGGUCCAGUUUCCCCAACUCCUCCAUUGCCAACAACAAGUUCACUUUCCCCAACUACCCCAUCACCAACAACAACUCCAACACAGACCACAGCAUCACCGAAAACAGCUCACCCUCACCCUGUUACAGCACCGAUUGGUAAAGAAACAACAACAGAGACUGCGCCAACAAAAGCAACAAGCACCAGCAGCACAAGGAAAACAACAUUAACUUCACCAAAGUCAAUAUCGCCCAUGAAUACAAAGACCACAGAAUCAACGACGCUAAGACAUACAACACACAUAACAAUGAUUACGACUCCGCAGACAACUAUUUCAACAGCAAGCACUUCUGUACCAACAACUUCCAAAACUAGAGCAUCAACACAAACCGCAACAACAAGGACGCCGGAAACCACAAUCUCCACAAUGACUACUGAAUCCACUGUAACAAGCAAAAACACCCCAACGACCACAACAGAACCAAUACCUUCAACAACACCGGUUACUCCGAGCCCCAUAAGGAAAACCAGCACUCCAGAGCACACUGCCACAACUCUCACGACUUCUCCACAUAGCAGCACAGAAACACCCAGCACUCCGACCCCCACAACUCCUGCCACCACCACCGUCCCAGUUACUACGGGUAAGUCUCCUUGGUCGCUCUGCAGCAGCUUACAAGUCUUUCAGGAGCCCUCUCCUCCCGUAGCGAUCCAAGGGGCAGGGGGGUUCCCACCUCCAAGUCCCACGUAA